AUGACUUCAACAAAUUUCACACACAAUUUUAUAGGAUGCAUUCACAAAUCGAGUCGCACUACCAAGUCGCGACACUCUGAAUUUCUUAUUGUCGGCGAGGGGUCGGAGCUUGACUUUUCUGCGUUUCGUUAUUUUCGCGCGAGGGUGUGGUUUGGGCUGCGUGUCUUCAGGUUUCGUGAGGCCACGCGAUCGUCAUCGUCCGGGCGGCAUCACGCGCGUAGCCUCGCGCGGCCGCCGCGCCCAUCCGCUCCGCCAAUGGCGUCGCCCGCCAAGCCAUCGUGGAAGCGGCGGUGGGCGGCGGAGGCGCAUCUGCGCGGGCAUCGCGCGGAGGUGACGGCGCUCUGCCACCACGCCGCCUCCGACCUCCUGCUCUCCGGGUGCGCCCCUCGCCCCCCACUCGCCUCUCUUUCCCCGCACUCAACUCCCCCCUCCCAUCCCGCGCCACCCCGUCCGACCUGCCCCCUCGCUAUCGCCCUCCCCCCCUCACUUUACUUCUCACUUCCCAUUCCACCCCACUACCCCGCUCAUCAUACCCUUCACUCUCCCCAUCACUCCCCUCCGCUCCCUUUCCACCCCCCGUGCGCGGUGCAACGGGCGGGCGGCGUCGCAGCGACAUGGAGGGCGAGCGCUGCCGCUGCGUGUGAGCCCAGUGCAGCAGGUGGUGGUGGGGCGCAGCAGGGCCUGGAAUCCGGGAGCGGUGAGAGGGGACGGCGAGGACGGGUACGCACGGGACUGUUGAGUGCCGCUCUUGGAGCGGUGGGGGGCGAGCCCGACUGGGAAGAAGGGGUGGCGCUGGAAGAGGGGGGCAGACGCGAGGGCGGGCGAGGAGGGGAGGAGGUGGGGACAGCAGCGAGUUGUGCGCAAGUGCCUCCUGUGUUGGCAACUCCCUGUGACGAUAAGUGCACUGUGGCGCUGUGGGACCUGCGCCAUCCCUCCACGCGAUCGCUCUCCAUCGGCUCGCCUCAAGGCUUCCCCCACGCCGCCCCCCACCCCCACUGCGCUGCAUCUGCCGGUCUGCCCAUGGCGCUGCACCUCAUCCUCAGCCCCUCCGUGUCGCCCGCGCUCUUCCUGCUCGCCGGCUACGAGGAUGGUCGCAUGGCCCUGUGGGACGUGCGCAGCCCCGCCCGCCCUCUCACUGCCGCGCGCCUGCACUCACAGCCAGUGCAAAGCGUGGCGGUGUGGGGCAGUGCGGAGCACGGCGUGUCAGGCGGGGCGGACACAGACACCGUCUUCUUCCGCCUCUUCCUCUCCCAGGGCAGCAUGGAGGCAGUGAAGCGGGUGCGGUCACAGCAGCCCGGCACCGCUGCCAUCGCGCUGCACCCUGCGGGUGGUGUGGCGGCCACGGGGGGCUGGGAUGGCAGCGUGCGCAUCUAUGACUGCGCCGACCGCGACAGGCCCCGCCCUGCCACCCAGCUCACCCACCACUCUGCUGCUGUGACAGCAGUGGUGUUCACACCAGACGGCCAGCUAUGCUCCGCAUCACGGGACGCCACCAUUGCUCUCUGCCGCUCUCGCUGA